AAAAAAGUUUGCAGCAACACUGUUUCUCCUCCAACUCUGAAAAUUCUCCCCCUCCUAACCAAGCUGUACUUUCAUUUUCCAUCCCUUUCCCUCUCAAAUGAAGCAAUUUCCCCAUUCCCAUUUUAAAUCCCUACCCUCUCUCCCCCAUUUCUUCACGCAUCGCCAUGGAAUCCAACUGCCUCUGGCUUCUGGUUCUGCUUCUCGCCGUCACCGGAGCCCAAUCGGAUCCGGAUUCCGAAUCCUCCGUCAAGCCAUUGGUGAAGGUCGUGAAGGGGAAGAAGCUGUGCGACAAAGGGUGGGAGUGUAAGGGCUGGUCCGAGUAUUGCUGUAAUCAUACCAUUUCCGAUUACUUUCAGACAUAUCAAUUUGAGAAUCUGUUCGCCAAGCGGAACUCGCCGGUGGCCCACGCCGCUGGGUUCUGGGACUACCGAUCCUUCAUUACGGCGGCUGCUUCGUUCCAGCCGCAUGGAUUCGGUACCACCGGAGGGAAGCUUCAGGGGAUGAAGGAAAUCGCUGCUUUUCUAGGUCAUGUUGGGAGCAAAACCACAUGCGGAUAUGGAGUGGCGACGGGAGGUCCAUUGGCAUGGGGACUGUGCUACAACAAGGAGCUGAGCCCUGAUAAAUUGUACUGUGAUGAGUAUUUCAAGCUCACUUAUCCCUGUACUCCUGGAGUUUCUUACCAUGGCCGCGGUGCCUUGCCCAUCUACUGGAACUACAACUAUGGAAAGACAGGCGAGGCCUUGAAAAUUGAUCUGUUGAACCACCCAGAGUACAUUGAAGACAAUGCGACUAUAGCAUUUGAGGCUGCAAUUUGGAGGUGGAUGACCCCAGCGAAGAAGAACCUGCCCUCAGCCCAUGAUGUGUUCGUAGGCAAAUGGAAACCCACCAAGAACGACACGCUCGCCAAGCGAGUCCCUGGCUUUGGCACCACCAUCAACGUCCUCUAUGGCGAUUCUGCCUGUGGCCAGGGUGAAGUUGACUCCAUGAACAAUGCCAUCUCCCAUUACUUGCAUUACCUCGACCUCAUGGGCGUCGGCCGGGAAGAAGCCGGACCCCACGAGGUCCUCAGCUGCGCGGAGCAGGAACCAUUCGAGUCGUCAUCGACGUUGUCCUCAUCGUCCUCGUCUUGAGCUUCGUCUUCGUCGUUGUGUACUCAUUCUUGAAAAAUUAUGAAUAAUUGGAUUGGUGGAAGCUCGCGAUGAUUUGGGUCGAGGUUGUAUAAAGCUAUUGAAUUGAAGGGAAAGAAAGUAGAGAAGAUAUAUAUUCCGUGUGUUCCCACUGUGUAUAUAUAUCGAAAUGAUGAUGAUUUUCCCUUCUGUUUGUUGUUACAAAUUUUGAUGUUUUUCAUUUGUAUUUCUGUGUUCUAUUAAUUAAUGUGUUCUUCUAAGUUUGGAAUGUGAACCAUUUGAGCAGUAGAUACAGAUAUAUAUAAAUUGCAUUUUAUA